UCAAACAUUAAUCACAUGUAUGAGUUGUCAGGAAGAAGAAACAAUAAAGGCUUUUAGGCCGGAGCUGAGAAUGCGAGCCAUGGGCGAUGAAUAAUGCCGCUGCGAGAGCGAAGUGUCCGCAGGUGACUCGCCUGCGCGAACCGGCCGCGUGCCAGUGCUCAAACGAGUCAUGCAGAAUAAAGUCCUCGCGUCCAGAGCAGUGUGUAAAGAACCAGGAUACGGAUCCGGAAUGGAAGAGUAGCUGAUACGUACACCUGAUCCGUGCAAGCCAUGGGGAACUGCUGGGCUCAAUGUUUUGGGCUUUUUAGAAGGGAAGCAAACAGGAUACAAAGAGGAGGAGGGUCAAAGUACUUCAGAAGCAGCACAGCUGGGGAACACUAUACCAUUGAGUUUGAGAACCUUGUGGAGAGCGAUGAGGGUGAGAGCUCACAAAGCUGCCCCAGACCCGUCAGUGAAGACGAAAUCGAUCACUUGAAGGAGCAUCGCUACGCUGCCAUCUCAGACAAACAGGUGCUGAUCGACGAAAAGCUGAAUGCAGAGUUAGUGGCAGAAGAGGAGAAGUUAAGGCUAGAAGAGGAGGCUGUUUUUGCAGCCCAGCGCGAGGCAGCGCGGCUCGCUAAGGAACGAAAGCUAAAGGAGGGAAAGCAUCAGCAGCCGCAGAGGACCAAACCCAGAUCAGAAUCAGAGAGCAAUGACCCUCGGCACAAACCCAAAGCGUCAGAUGCAGAGUUUGAGGUGUACCUACAGAGUGUGAAGGCUCAAUCUGAAGCAUUUCGCAAUAACAGACUCAGCUCUGAGACGAAUGUGGUGACCCCGAACACCGAGAGCAGCUGGGACUUCACCAGUAAGACUGAUGCCACCUCACUGGACCUGGAGUGGGAGGAUGAGGAGGGAAUGAAUCGGAUGGGUCCUGCAUGGGAGCGUUCCAAAACGGAGGAGGACAUUUUACGUGCGGCCCUUCGUCCCGGUGGGAAACAGCUGGACAGCGGACCCACCUCCACCUCUGAGGACUCCAACGCUCUGGAGUGGGAGAACGACUUUGUCAGCGCACAUCCAGAGGACAGCGGUGACCACGGCGAUGAAGAAUUUGAGGGAUUUGUUAAUCCAGUACUGGACACACCCACUGAGGAGGCGGGGCAAAACGCCAGCUCUGACCAACAGGAGAGAUAGUCUAGAGCGAGAGACAGUGAGACUACAGCAACUUCAGAUGCCUCAUUAAGAUUCAGUGUGAUAUGACUACAGAUGGUCCAUUUAAUCUAAUGUAGAAAACUAAAUUCAUAAUUCAUAACAAGGAACAGAAGUGCUUCAUAUGAUUUCUACUCUAUGAUUUCUAUUUCUACUGUCAUUUUUGGGUGUGAAUGUAAUGAUUAUCUGGUCAUGACUGAUCCCCAAAAAAUUAUUUUUUACUAUAUAUAUAUAUAUAUAUAUACAUAUACAUAUUUUUUUACAUUGACAUUCUCAUUACUGUAAUGAAGUCAAUUUUUUAUUUUGAGAUUUAUAAUUCAAAUUGUGAGUAAUUUAAUACAAGUAUUUCUUACUACUUAAAUUGGCAAAAAAUCAAUACAAUAAAUUUAAGCAUGAUAUUUCUCAAAUUAAAGGGAUAGUUUUCCCAAAAAUGAAGAUUUUCUCAUCAUAUACUUGCCCUCAUGUUGUAGCAAACCUGUAAGAGUUUGUUUCUUCUGUUUAAUAGAGAGCAAAAAAAAAUAUAUAUAUAUAUAUAUAUUGAAGAAUACUGGUAACAAGUCAGUUACUGGUAGCCAUUCACCUCCAUAAUAUGAAAAAAUACUAUGGUAGUCAAAGGCUACCAGCAAGUGUUUGGCUAUUUAUUAUUCUUUAAAAUAUUAUCUUUUGGGUUCGAUUCUUACAGGUUUGGAAUGACAUGAGGUGCGUAAAUAAUGACACAAUUUUCAUUUUUGGGUAAUUAUUUUAUUUUAAUUUUUUGGCCUUUAAAUAUGACACAAUAGGUUGACAUUAUGGUAAUGAGAACUGGGUGGGAAAUGAAAUCAGUGGUCCAAUAAAAAUAAAAAUCUUAAAUCUUAAUGGACCUAACAAAAGGCUUCAUUUUCAUUGUGCAAUAUAUAAUUUCUUUUGGGAUGAAAUAUGACCUGGUCAUGUUCUUGACAGUUUUCAUGAGAUUCACUCCAUUAGGUCACAUAUUCAUUAGCAUUUGUAUUUCACAGGUUAAUUUGCUCCUGUUUUGAGUUAUUAGAUGCGUCUGUAACUUAUUCAUAAUAAUUUCCAUUUGGUAACUGGGUUGAGUUUUUAAAUUAACUCUGGAAAUGUCUUGCGUUAAUACUUCAUGUGAUUUAACCCUCUGGGGUCUGAGGGUGUUUUGGGGCCCCGGAGAAGUUUUGACAUGCCCUGAUAUUUGUGCUUUUUUCAGUUGCUUAUAAACAUUUUAAUGGCUAAAGUCUAAAAACACUGUGUUCAGCACCAACUGGGCUACAAUAAUAUGUGAGCAGCAUGUAUGUACGUGAUUGUGUUUUUGAGAAAACUACGUUUAUGCAUGGUUAGAAAAAAACAAAUUUUAAAGUAACUGAAAUAGAUAAAAGUAGACCCCUUACAGAUUCGAAUGGUGUAUUGCUCUUAUCUGUACGAUCAAAAAUGGCAGAGUAAUUCAAGCUCAUUUCGGCCUUAUCAGGAAAAUCUGCCUCAAAAUGACCCCAGAGGGUUAAAAAAAAAAAAAAAAAAUGUUUUAGUUCAGCCUUAUUUCAGACGUUUUCAUUUGAGAACUGAAUCAAGUGCAAUUUUAGAAGACGAGGGAAAUUUCUCGAAAGCCACAUGUUUUCUAGAACCAUCAUGUUUUUAUGUGUAUGGUUAUUGUAUUAAUCAUAUCAAUCGGACCAUCUCUCAUUUAACAUGCGACUGUCAGGGAAUGAGACGCUUGACAGUUUUAAGGAAAGGACCUUUUCUCUAAAAAAAAUUAUUGCCUCAAGGAUAAAAUGCAUUGGGACACAUUUAAGUUCCAUAAGUGCUUUUAAAUUGGUCACUGUAUGUCUGCCUUUUAUGAGUUUGUGGGUUAAAGGGUUUGUGGUGGACACUUCUUGGAAACAGCUAGUGAAUGAGUCUGUUCUUCACAUUCACAACUGCAUUUUUGGACAAAAUGGGUCUUGAAGAGGGGAAAUAUUUUGUGGUGAAACAAAUCUUCAUAUGCUACCUCUGGUUUUGAUAAUCUGGAUGUUAUUGAAUAAAUUCAUGUUUAGAAAUGAUCAGUUAUUUGAUUUGGGAAUCCUCCUAAUCUUUCAGGAGCAUGUCCAGGUUGUAUUUCAUAUAUAUAUAUAUAAUUUAUUUUUUUCCCAAUUGAUUGACAUUAUUUUUUAUGAAAAUUAAGAACAUUUUGAUCACCAGUUCUUAUUACUGUAUUUCCAAAACAUCUUAUUUACUUUCCUGUAAUGAGAAAAAAAUAAUAAUGUCACUUAAAAUAACACAAAUAAUCACAAUAGUUCUAAAAAAUGUGUAUAUUUUCUAAAAGGCUUGAUAUUAUUAUUAUUUUAUUUUAUUUAAUGUUGAGGUGAAAUAUAACCUGGACAUGAAAUCAAUUUUUUUAAUUUUUUGUUUUUAUUUUAUUUAUGGUAUGAAAUUAUUUUUCUAUUUGAUUUUGGGGUUACAUAUGACCUGGACAAUUCCUGAUGUUCACCCGACAAGUUUAAAUGCUAAUGGUAUUAGCUAAUGUAAAUUUAUUUUGUUAGAAUGAUUCAUCAUUCUGUAAGGAAUUAGCUUUACGUCAGUCUCUGAAAGCUCAUAAAAUUGACUCGUCUGCAUCUUGUUUUCUCUGUCUGCCAUAAUGAACAACCUCGUCCAUUGAUCCCCAUAUUUCCCUCAGACUGGAGUCUGAAUUCAACCUAAUGCUUUUAAAUGAAUGCUGAUCUGUAUAUAAUGGAUUGUAAAGCAGACACUAAAGGCCUUGAAGAGCAGUGGAGACUCGUGUGUGUGAUGAGGUCAAAGUCUGUAAUCUAGUAGUGUUGUCUAGAACAUCAGUGCACAAGAGCUUCUGUACAGCACAAUCACGUCACAUUCUUUUCUUAUUCUACCAGCACACCUCAAAAGGGACGUAUUCAUGUCAUCUGAAUGUAAAGUAUGUGUGAUCAAUGCAGUGUUUGAUUUUAUUUUAUUUCUGUCUUUGGAGUUGACUACAUAACUCGUCCUGUUUGAAGAGUUUGGGAGCAGAUAUGCAAAGAUACAUGAAUGUUUGUCCACUGGUCGGAGUUGAACAGGCCCAUGUGAUUGUAAAUAUCAUGUAUAGCUACUGUGUGCAAUGAUGACAUUUGUUUUUGUUGGUGUAUCUAAAUUACUGCAAGGUUAGCAGCUUUAACAGAUUGAUACUAUUAUCUGGCCUUUUUUUUUAUAUAUAUAUAUUAGAGCAAGUACGUAUGUUGUGUGAAUGGAAUAGUAAUGGAUGUUCUCAAUUUAAGGAAAAUAAAAAGGAUAAUGCUGAACAUUCCAAGAAAGGGCCUGGAACUUUUCCAAAGCGCUUCCCAACUCUUCAACAGAGCUGCUUUGAACAGUUUAUUUUCUGAGUGUUUGUGAAGAACCUGUCAUAUUUCAGAUAAACUGAAUGUAACUACAGUUUUCAUAAUUCCAAUUUACGUUACAUGAGACCUUGGGUUAGAUCUGACUGCUAAUAAACAAAUAAUGUCAUUA